CCAAGACCUUAUGUACAGACCAGUUUCCUUGUCCUGCGGCCAUACAGUCUGCAAGACAUGCCUAGAAAAUCUGUACCAAAAAAGCCGGCCUCCGGUAAAGUGCCCUUCGUGCAGGAAAGAAAUUGGAACCGCUGAYGAAGGCCUCAAUGUCAAUGUAGCAUUAAAUAUUCUAUUGAAUAAAAUACAAAUCAAAUGUACUAAUGAAGGAUGCAGUUGGAAAGGAGAAAAUCGUCAAAAACAAGACCAUAUCACCAGCUGCUCCUACCAUCAAGUUACAUGCUACGACGGAUGCGGGUUUAGUGGGAUACGAUCUAUUAUGGAAGAACAUGCAAAGUCUUGCCCAAGCAAGAAAGAAAAAUGUCAAUUCUGUAGGGAGGAGAUAAGUAGAAGGGACUUGGAGGAGCAUGAACAGCAAUGUGAUGAGAAGCCACGUGGUUGUCCCUAUGAGUGUGGAGCGCUCAUUCCCAGGUCUCAUUUCCACCUCCAUCUCAUGAAAUGUAAAAACAGAAUGGUGAGAUGCCAAGUAAAGGGAUGUUUCAAAGUGAUGCCCCAAAAAGAAGAAGAACAGCAUGCAAACGAAUACACCAUCACGCAUCAAAAACUCCUUGCUGAUGAAGUUCAAAUGUUAAAACAAGAUAUGUGGCAGAAG